CGGGGACGCGGAGAGGGAGACGUUCCAAGAGGCUCCUCCGUGUGGGCGAGUGAAAUGCCCUGGCUGUGAGGAACAGGCCCAAAUCAUCUCUACUGUGUGUUCAGAUGUACAUGGGUUUCUUCUAAGUUGACUAAAGCUGUUUUAGAACUUCAGGUACCUCAAAGAUCUGAUUGAAAGUACUGCACAAGCCUGCCUGCCAUGGGCUGUCGGGAUGUCCACGCAGCCACAGUCCUCUCCUUUCUAUGUGGGAUCGCCUCAGUAGCGGGCCUCUUUGCAGGGACUCUGCUUCCCAACUGGAGAAAAUUACGACUGAUUACAUUCAACAGAAAUGAGAAGAACCUGACUGUUUACACAGGCCUGUGGGUGAAAUGUGCCCGGUACGACGGAAGCAGUGACUGCCUGAUGUACGACCCUACAUGGUACUCAUCAGUUGACCAGUUGGACUUGCGUGUCCUCCAGUUUGCCCUGCCCCUCAGCAUCCUGAUUGCAAUGGGUGCCUUGCUGCUCUGCCUGAUUGGAAUGUGUAAUACAGCCUUUAGGUCCUCUGUGCCUAACAUCAAACUGGCCAAGUGUCUGGUCAAUAGUGCAGGCUGCCACCUGGUGGCUGGGCUGCUGUUUUUUAUGGCAGGUAAUGUGAGCCUCUCUCCAUCCAUCUGGGUCAUCUUUUAUAACAUCCAUCUGAACAAGAAGUUUGAGCCAGUCUUUACAUUUGACUAUGCGGUAUAUGUCACCAUCGCUAGUGCUGGAGGUCUUUUUAUGACUUCCCUUCUACUGUUCAUUUGGUAUUGUGCAUGCAAAUCUUUGCCUUCUCCUUUCUGGCAGCCAUUGUACUCCCAUCCUCCCAGUAUGCACACUUACUCCCAGCCCUAUUCAGCUCGAUCCCGCCUCUCUGCCAUUGAAAUUGACAUUCCAGUAGUUUCACACACUACCUAAUGGGGAUAUAGGUAAUUGUUUAAAAAAAUAAACUUGUUGUAGCCUCACAUUCUCCCCAUGUAAAGAGCUAUAUAUACAUUUUCCUGUGUUCCUAACCAGUCAGUGAAGCCAAAUUUGUGUGUCCUGCUAGAAUGAAGUGCUGCUAGUUUUUAUGAGGAGUAAAUUACGUUAUUUUAAGUGAGAAACAUUCCUUUUAUCUUGCUUCUUAUACUGGAAGGGUUUUUAACCUCCUUGUUGAUAUCUUACCAAUAAUUUAAGUGGAAAGGACUUGUGUCACAACUGAGGUGAUUUAGAACAACAUGGUAAAGAUGAUGACUAAGAGAAGCUGUUUUAUUCAAUCUUUCUGAGUAUUUCAGAUUGUAUGGUGUUCUUUUUCUAUAAUACCUUAAACUGGAAAAAGAAAGGCAAUUUCAAAUAUAAGAAAUUUCCUUCAAAUAGGGUAAUAUUUUGACAGUAGUCAAUAAUUUACCAGUUUAAGGCUUUAACUUUUCUUUGGGGGCUAAUUGUCCUGAAUAGUCUUGUUGUGAUAAAGAUUAUUUUCUUUUGUGAAUUCCUUAUCUUCUACCUCAUACCAAUGUUUGAAAGCAAAAUGGAUUUUAAGUGAUUUCAUAGUAAAACUAACAUUUUAAAUAUCUGUUAGUUACAGAUAACAUUUAACAAUUUUUAAAGUUAAUGAUUCCAUAAAUUGCUGAAGUUAAAAUGUGACAUGUGACAGGUUGGUGCUUUCUCUGAGGCAAAAAAAAACAAAAAAACAACACCCUUUUUUCCACAUACCAUCCAUCAAGAAGUACUCAUUACCACGUAUAAUCAGUCUCCAAAGGGAAAGAAAAAUAAAAAGGUUGUUCAAACCCAGUGAUUUGUUCUCUUGAAGACAAAAAUGGUAGGGGGCAUGAGUCUGUUCUUCAGCACAACAUUAGAGAUUCACUCACUGAUUGCUGUUUGAGUAAUGGGGUGAAGUAAGGGAUGGCUUUUCUGUGACCACAUUCACCCUUGAUUCAUUUCCUGCCCCCAUCAAUGAUUAUUUCCUUGAGCGUAUAUCUCUGCCUAACAUUUAGUAGGUGCCUUAGAAGAUACAUGAAAAUAGGAGAUCUGGUCCCAUCCAUGAAGAAAUUUUAAUCUAAUAGAAAAGAUCAAACUGUUACCUGACAAUUUGGGAACAGUCUGACUUCUUUAGCAGGUGGCCUUAACUUCUCAGUCAUUGAUCCAGGAAUAUAUAUAUUUCACCCAGAGAUGAGACUUCCUGACAGACAAGUUGUACACUACCAGCAAGUCCCAAACUCUGGAAAUUUGCUUUAUUUCAAUUCAUUGAAUACUUAGGGCACCUACAUUAUCCUACAUGCUAUAAUAACACUGUAUCAAAUUCUUGAGAAUGGGCAAAAGUUGUAGAGAACUUUAAGUUGUACCUUUCCACCUCUGAAAGUAUGAUGAUGUAUUAAGGAGGGACAUGUUUUAAAAAUCUCCUCUGAUGUGGUAUCAAUUAGAUGAAACCAGGUUAACACUAAGAUAACACUUAGAAAUUCAGGGAUAUUGGGUUUUUAGCCCUAUGAACUUGAGCUGCUUAUUUAGUUGGUGUGAUUUGCUACAUAUUAGCAUUAUGUUUGCAAGGAUUUUAUUAACUAUUAAAGAUUUUACAAACAGCUAGUUAUAUGGUAAACAGAUUAUUAUGCCUCUUUUACAAAUCAGAGUAUGGUUCUGAUAUUUCUAGAGAUAUAUAUAUAGAGAGAGAGACAGAAUUUUUUUCCUAAUUCAAAUACUACUUUAUGUACAUAGAAAUAAAUCCAUUUGUGUAAUUUUUAAAUGGCAUCAGUAGAAAGCAUGCAAGGCUUUGGUUUUUAAAUUGUGGCUUCUGAUUUAUCUCAGUUCUCAUUCUUUUCAUUCUUCUCAGUUGUAGCUGAUCUUGAUCAUUCCAAGAACAAUGGUAGGUGGAAUUUUGAGAUUAAUAUUAAUUUUCCCUCUUUGCUAAUUAAUUUCAGUCCUUCAUCUCACUAAAUUUUGGUUCAUAAGAAUCAAGAAUUCCAUCACCCCUUGGUCUUUGUGUAAACAAUGUUAAAGAAAAGUAGGCUAGAUAGUUUUUAGUUCCUGGAAUUAUAACUAUAAACAUUGAGAAUCCUUUGGCUUCAUAAUCUGUUGUCACAGUAAGUAUUUAAUUAUGGAUUCACUUGGCAAAAGAAACAGCUGUUUCCUUAUUGUCUUUUUAGUGUUUCAGAUUUGCUAUUUUUUAAAUCCAUCAAAGGAAAGCAAGUAUUUAUAGUUCGUUUAGUCACUCUUGAGCAUUCAUCAGGCUAUCAUUGUAAAGGGGGAAUAAUUUGUUGUUAAAGGCCUUUUACAGAAACCAACUUGGAUAAUAACCUUAAAUGUUAGUGUGGUGCACCAGAUUUGGUUUAUCCAGCCAUGGAAGAAAAACAAAUCAAGAACCUGAGUUUACUUGUAUAUAUAUGCUAUAAUGAAUAGUAUGUUUGCUGUAAACUGCAAGGUAAAACCUCAAUAAAAGUGUACUGUACUUCUUGAUGUUUAUUAAAAAUGUAUUUUUACAA